UCAUCGAUCACCUCCUCGAUGAAACCAACAACUUGAUCGCAAAUGCCACCAAAAACCUCGGUGAUCAUUCGUGACGUGCAUAAAACCCCACCCGCGCGCGCUCGUCACCUGAUCACUGCCACACGCCGGCCGGCGGCCCCUAGCUAGCUAGCUACCUCGAUCGUCGCUACCUAGCUUCCUCCCGUCACCAUGGCCGCCCUCGUCCUCUUCUCCCUCGUGCUGCUCCGCCUAUUCGCCGCCGUGCAAGCAGGCGCCGCGCAAGAUGACGGGGCGAGCUUCACGGCGUGCCUGGCGGCGGCCGGCGUGCGGAACGUGACGACGCGCGGGUCCCCCGGGUACGGCGCCGCGCUGCGCGUCCCCAUCAUGAACCUCCGCUUCGCGGGCGCCGGCGCGCCCCAGCCCGCCGCCGUCGUCGUCCCGGCGUCGCUCGAGGAGCUCCGCGCCGCCGUGCGGUGCGCGCGGGCGGCGGCGCUCGUGGUGCGCCUCCGCAGCGGGGGCCACAGCUACGAGGGCCUCUCCUACACCACGGAGGACCGGAGCGCGUUCGCGGUCGUCGACCUCGCCGCGCUCGACCGCGUCCGCGUCCGCGUCGGCGGCGCCACGGCGUGGGUGGAGGCCGGCGCGACGCUCGGCCAGGUGUACCACGCCGUCGCCGCGGCGAGCCCGGCGCUCGCGUUCUCGGCGGGGUCGUGCCCGACGGUCGGCUCCGGGGGCCACAUCGCCGGCGGCGGGUUCGGCCUGCUGUCCCGCAGGCACGGGCUCGCGGGCGACAACGUGGUGGACGCUGUGCUGGUCGACGCCGAGGGGCGCGUCCUGGACCGCUCCGGCAUGGGCGAGGACGUGUUCUGGGCCAUCCGCGGCGGCGGCGGAGGCGCCUGGGGCGCCGUCUACGCGUGGCGCGUCCAGCUCCGGCCCGUGCCCGAGCACGUCACCGCGUUCGUCGUCAACCGCCCGGGCACCGCCGCGUCGGUGGCCCGGCUCGUCUCCACGUGGCAGCACGUCGCGCCGUGGCUGCCCGACGAGUUCUACAUCUCGGCGUUCGUCGGCGCCGGCUUGCCGGAGUCCAACGGGACCGGCAUCUCCGUCACCUUCAAAGGGUUCUACCUCGGGCCCGCCGACGAAGCGCUGCAGAUACUGACGGCAAGGUUCCCCGAGAUCGGGCUAUCGGAUCUGAACCCGAGAGAGAUGAGCUGGAUCGAAUCCGUGGUGUUCUUCUCGGGUCUGCCCGAAGGGAGCUCGGUGUCGGAUCUCACCGACCGGGUGCUCCACAAGAAGAACUACUUCAAGGCCAAGUCGGACUACGCGCGCCGUCCGAUGGCCUUGGAUCAACUGAUCAGAGCCGUCGACCUCCUGUCCGAGCAGCCCAGGGCAUACGUCAUCUUGGACCCGUAUGGUGGGGCCAUGGAUCGGAUCGAUCCCGCCGAUCUACCAUUCCCGCAUCGCAAAGGUAACAUCCAUGGCAUCCAGUACCUCAUCGAAUGGGCAGCUGAUGAAGAUGGCCACAGAGACGAGUUCAUGGAUUGGCUGCGCCGGUUCUACGACUUCAUGGGAGCGUAUGUGGCCAAGAACCCACGAGCCGCGUACAUAAACUACAUGGAUCUUGAUCUUGGCACCAACAACUGGUCCGAUGACCGUCAACUCGACAACAAGAUCCCCAACCCGGAAGUCGAAGCGGCGCGGGCAUGGGGUGAGAGGUACUUCUUGGGGAACUACGACCGGCUCGUUCGCGCGAAGACGACGAUCGAUCCCGACAACGUAUUCCGCAACGCGCAAAGUAUCCCGCCACUAAGGGUCCCAGGAGUGACUAGGAGCAGUCCACGUGGCAUCUCGCCCGAGGUCAUUUCCAAUGGGAGCACAUACGACAGCUAGAGAAAAUCAUACAUAUAGAUACAUAUAAAGAUACAAACAAAUGUAUAUGUACGUGCCGUUCGUGUUUUCAAUUAUGGCCUGUUGUUCUCU